GUCGGGGUUUGUGAGGUGAUUGUUGGUUUUGCUUAAGACGCAACUGUGGUUGGUUCCUGCUGCGUCCGGGACGGAAGCGUAGGGUUCACUGUCCCCGUCUGCCUCCUAGGAAAUAGAUGACCGUCGAAUUGUUGAAAUAAUUACAGCACCGUUCUGGGCACGAGUGCUUAGCAGUCAUCCUAUCGAGUUCAAUGGCGCUUAGUCCUGGAUGCUGAAAUAAACUGGUAUUUCUCUAACCAAUGUCAGGGGAUAGCGAUGGCACCAUUAGAAGUCCCUCUGAGGGAUCUCUGUCAGGAAUUGAUAUCCUGUCAGUUCAGACAACAUAUGUGUGCACUCUGUCUGCUGAGCUUAUUGCCAAAGCACGUGAAGAGCUGCAGGAAAAACCUGAGUGGCGGCUUCGAGAUGUUCAAGCCCUCAGAGACAUGGUGUGCAAAGAUUAUCCUAACCUGGGGACAUGCCUAGAAGAUGCUUUCUUGCUUAGGUUCCUUAGAGCAAGGAAGUUUGAUUAUGAUCGGGCACUUCAGCUUCUCGUGAACUAUCAUUGCUGUAGGAGAAGUUGGCCUGAGGUUUUUACAAAUCUGAAGCCAUCUGCUAUAAAGCCUGUCUUGGAAUCAGGCUUUGUCACUGUGCUUUCUCACUUAGAUAAUGAAGGACGCCAUGUUGUCUGUAUUCACCCAGACAGAUGGACACCAAGUAACUACCCAAUUACUGAAAAUAUUCGUGCCAUAUACUUAACAUUAGAAAAGCUCAUUCAGUCUGAGGAGACCCAGGUGAAUGGAAUUGUAAUUCUUGCAGACUACAAAGGAAUCAGUUUAUCGAAGGCAUCUCACUUUGGCCCCUUCAUAGCGAAAAAAGUGAUUGGAAUUCUUCAGGAUGGCUUUCCAAUUAGAAUAAAAGCUGUCAAUAUCAUAAAUGAACCUCGCAUAUUCAAGGGCAUUUUUGCUAUCCUCAAACCAUUUCUGAAAGAAAAAAUAGCAAAUCGGUUUUUUCUUCAUGGGUCAGACUUGAGAUCUCUUCAUCACAACCUUCCACCACGAAUUCUCCCCGAAGAAUAUGGUGGCACGGCAGGGAAGCUUGAUAUCUCUGUCUGGAACGAGUUACUGCUGGCAUCAGAGGAUGACUUCCUGUAUGAUGUCUCAUAUCUGCCUCUCUCCAGUGACUAUUCACCACAUGACCCAUUAAUGAGUGGAGAGAUUGAAGAGAAGCAGCGUGAUGACUCUUUGCGAAGCUUCAAAACCCAGCUCUAUUCCUGCUAUUAGUAUAGCAGAUGAAGCUUCCAAAAUGUCACCUUGCUGUUUACAAAGGGAAUAUGAAUUCUCUCGUGCUUCUAAGGCUACAACAGAUGGCUGUUGAUGGAUGUCACUUUAGUUUGGAACCAAAGCAAAUCUAAAUAGAAGAGUUAGAACAAAGUGAAAUUCUGUGGUACGCUGGCAAAUGGAAGUUCUUUGUGCCAGCAGGAAGUUAUUGUGGUAACUGACCCAAUUUCAAAAGCAGAUCAAAUGCCACAAAUGAAUGCAGCUGAAGAAAAGCUGCUGCUAACAAGGUCCUGAGCACAAUUACUUGGAAGGAAGUUGCACUGAAGUUAAAGGGACUUGCUUCCAAAUAAGCAGGUUUAGGUGCAAAGCACUAGAUUCUUUCUCAGGCUGAAGGGGGCAAAAAUGGUAUACAAAUUUGGAAGUGCAGUAAUAUAGUGCUAACUCUGUGGAGAAAUAAAUGUGGGUUAUAUGAUACAAGGAUAGUUGACUAGAAGCUUUAUCUGCCAUAAACUAAUCUAAGAGAUACCCAACUCUUUAUUCUGUUGCCAUCUGUGAAGUUCAGCAUUAUUCACAAACAUGCAGCUUUGUAUACUGUAGGGAGUGUUAACACUUCAAAGUUGAUUCUUGCAGAAAGAAUUAGCUAUUGAAGUUCUGUUGAAAGCACAUAACUUUUUUUUUUUUUUAUAAAGAAAGCAUCAAACAACCCUUGAGCCAAUUUUAUUCUCCUACUUGAAUUUGCGUAAGACAGGACCAGCUGAGAAGGCACAUAGUUUUGCAUACAGCUAUAGCACUGUUGGUUAGUACCCUGCCUGAUGAAAGUAGGUCUGGGGAAAAACACAGAUGAUAGUUGUAAAUGUCUGCCUGUUAAGAAAAGAGGUAAGUUGUUUAAAUAACUUUAUUUUUGGGAGAGAGAAUUUUUGAAAUGGUCUCUGCAAACCAAACACAGGGUAUUUUACAAGCACAAUAUUCCAUUUGUAAAUAGUUUCUCCCCAUUCACUGUUAUUUUGUCAGUGGGACCUCAGUGCUGUUUUGAUCUUGGUUUCCUUUCCUAAGGCCAGUAGUCUCAUCUCUAGGAUAAAAUGUACUAUAUAGGAAAGGAUCUAAAACCCUGAUACAUCUUUAGGUUGUCUGUACCAAUGAGUCCUUUCAGAAGGUAACAGAUUUUGUCUUUGAAUUACACAUUUAACUAAAGUUUCAAAUACUUUGAGCCCAUUCUUUCCAUGCAAGGCUGAAACUGUAAUGGGACUGGAACUUUGUACCCACUGCUGCUCAUAAGGUAGUAGCUCACUUAUAGCACUUUUUAAAUUGUUGGAAUUAUAGUGGAGGCUCUUGCCUAGUGCCAAGUAAGGCUAGAAGCUGGUGCUUAGUGUAAAUAUAAGAUAAGGUGGUCUGCAGGUUGACAUUUUAUCGCCAGUGCCAAAAUUGUAUUCAUUUUUAGUUUUUCUAAAGUACAGCGACUUGCUUUAUUGCCAAAAGGUGAAGCAAUUUAGUCAUGUGACUGUGCUUCAAUUCAAGUUCUGAUUAUACAAACCCAGCAUGGUAUUACAGCUAUCUACAGACAUGGAACUGGUUUCUAAGCCUACUACAAAUCUCCCUUGUCUUGCUAAGUUUAUUUACACAUUGGGGUUCUUUUCUACAUGCACAGUUAAGGAAGGAAGUUUAAGGUGUCAGUUAAGGCACAAGAUAAACUUUUCUGCUUAUGUAUUCUUAUAGGAAAGUGCUUGGCAGGUUUGCAUAUGAGAAAUAUGUUAAAUGAUGUUCUUUUCUCUAUUGGAAGAAAUCUUUAUGCAGAAAAAUCUAAGUUGCCAGGCGUUGGUAGCUGAAAUUGAAACAUGGUAUUUAUAAAGGAAUGGCUUGAAUCUCAAAAUAUUUUAAAGAUCAGUGUAACAUGUCAAGGAAAAGCUCUUUCCUCACCAAAACUUGGGAGCUCCUAAUUUCUAGGGCAGCUAUUCUAAAAUACACCUUAUCCGUUCUUUUUAAUUUCCCCCCCUUAAAUGAGAAGCCAGUCUUUAAUGACAGUGAAUGAUAGUGAUUAUUAUGAUAUGGGAAGUUAAAAUUCCAUGGUUCCUUUUUUUUCCCAGUGUUAAAAUUGCUUGUAGCAAUCUUAAGGACUUAUAGACCCUUGCCAAGAGAAAAAAUGCUGGAUUCUCCAUUGUGUCUUUCAACAAGAAUAGGUUCUUGAAGAAUGCCAAUUUAAUUUAAUACUUAUUCAAUGUUUGUCUCCUUGUACUUAACAUUUUGUUGCUAUACUACACCUCUUUUACCAGAUAUACCUGGAACAGUAGAAUCUGUAAGAUUUGUAGCUAUUAUUUACCCUCUAAAAUGCAGAGUCUAAAUUGUCCUCCAUGCUCUUGUUUUGUUGCUUUUCUGUAGAAUUGGUUUCAGAGGCAGUGCUGACCGAGCUAAGAUAUUGAGUGUUGUGCCUAUAGUUAAGCAUAUAUGGUUUAAAAGUAAAGAAAGUAGUUAAUAUAUCAUACAUAUUGUCUGGCAUCUUGGUUUUAGGGAUUUUUUUGUCAAUAUUGGUACGUCUGUAAACAAAGUCCAAGCAGAUGUAGUGGAAGAGUACCAGGCCUUAAGUAAAAGACAUUGGCAAUUCACCACAAAUUUCAAAUUGCCUUUGUUUAUCUGUAUCUGAAGUAGAAAAAUUGUAAUAAUAAUUUUCCAGAGGGUAAUUGAGGUGCUUUGUUUCUAUGUCUGAGUUUUGGCAUUUUUGUUCAUGGAUCUGUUUUACUCUCCCUCUCUGUACAGAAUUAGAGUAUAUACCUUGAGAAUUUAUUUUUAUAUUGCACUUUAUAAAAUGAACUGUCUGACUGUCUGCAUGAGUGGAUAUUAAAUCUUACUAAAAUAUA